CGAACUACAACUUCGAAGGGGAGAAGGCAGCGGACCCUCCCCGGAUACUCCGCGGGAACUCCGAAGAGCGCAGCACUUGGCCCCACCGCCAGCUGUAUAUAAGAAACCACGGUCGCGAAACUCACAAUAGGAUCAACUCACUUGCGGAAGAACACUAUGGCCACCUCGCCAACAGUACUCAUCAUCGGCUGCGGAAUUGCCGGCCCCGUGCUGGCCAUUCUACUCAAACAACGAGGCUAUGCGCCCAUUGUGUUCGAGAGGGUCAGCGCACUCGGCGAGGCGGGCGCAUCGCUCCUCAUCCAGCCAAACGGAAUGAAGGUCCUCAAUCUUCUAUAUAUGGCCAAGUCCCUCGAGCAGGAAUUCCAACCGCUGCGCGGAUACUGGCACGGCACGCCCGAUGGCCACACUCUCGCGUCGUCGGCCCUGGCUAGGGAAUUCAAGACGCGAUACGGAUUCUCAGUAGUAGGCAUCCGACGCUCCGAGCUGAAUCUCCGCCUCAAAACCCUGCUCCUGGAUCAGGGAAUUGAGGUCCGCGAGGGAUGGGAAUUGCUCCACAUCGAGGAGCACGGGGACUCCGUCACGGCCAGAUUCACCAACGGGCAGUCGAAGACCGGCUCGUUCCUCGUGGGAUGUGAUGGGAUCAAGGCCGCGUCACGGCGGGAGAUCCUUCGAAACCACCACGACAGCAAGGAGGGCCCUCCGAUGUUCACGGGCUUGACCCAAACCGCGGGCAUCUCGCCCACCCCGGCGACCCUGCAGGACCGCGCAGGGCAGAUGAGUAACUGGUACGGCGAGGGUAUCCAUGUCAUCGCGUAUCCGGUCUCCAAGACGCAUACCUCCUGGGCAGUGACGCUACCGGACGCGAAUGAGCAGCCGGAAACGUGGAGGCUGUCCGGUGCAGAGGAACUCGCGGCGCGGCGCGGCGAACUGCAGGCUCAACUGGCUGGCUUCGAGCCCGCGGUCUUGCAGCUGGUCACUGAUGCGGAACGUUUGAUCAAGUACGGCUUGUUUGAUCGGGAAGAAUUGACGGCGGAGCAGUGGUAUUCACGCCGAUGCGUGUUGGUGGGCGAUGCUGCCCAUCCUACCAGUCCGCAUAUCGGACAGGGGGCGAACCAGGCGCUGGAGGAUUGCUAUCACCUUUCACAUCUGCUCCCAGACCUCCAGCAAAGCUCGAUAUCCGCCGCAGAGACCACGCAGCUGAGGGAUGUGAACCUGACCGAGAUAUUCCGAGCCUUCGCACAGCUCCGUCAACCACGCACAUCAAAGUUGGUGAAGGAGGCGCUACGCCAGGGCGAGCAGCGGGUGGUGGUGGGCGGGCCGACCAGAUGUCGUGAACGAGAUGCUCGUAUCGCGGUAGCGUGGAAGGAUUCGGAGGUGUUGUUGGAGAAUUUCGACCGGUUGCUGCGGGAGCCCUUCUAGCAGUGCCGUAUGGCAUCCAUCAUCGCUGUGGUAGAGUCCCUUUUUGUCACUCUGAGCCACUAAUCAGCUGAGGAUAGGGUACAAUUCUGUCUUUUCGAAACACGGGAGCAAUCCCGCGGUAUCUUCAAGGUGUCAUUGCCUGGCGUUACCGACGAGCUCUCCUCGACAAUGGUCGGGUAGGCACAUCCAGUAACCAAGCAGGCCGGCGGCUUCCUUCUCGAGUGUGAAUCCCCAACAGCCGAGGAACCAACUAGGAUGAAUAAGCCAACGCGUGGUGCCAUACUACAGUUGGACUUUGGGUAUCUUGAUACUGAAGAGUUGAUCUACCAGUCCACCCGCGUGGAUCGGCAAAUGUACACUUAUUGCACAAUACAAUACCAACAGCAGCAGGAAGUACACACAGUUCCCCGACACGUAGAAAGGCAGCUUGUAGGCAUUAGCCCCUAAGAUGGUUGUCAUCACGAGCUCUGCCUUGUGCCUCCGCCUCCUCCGGACUAUCA